AUGAAGGAGGAGGAGAAGUGGAAGUACAGUAGGAGCAGGGGCAUCUCUCUGACCUGUGUACUGACCCCCUGUCGGGUAAUUGGAGUGUGUGUAACACUGAUGACCUUGGGAGCCAUUGGAGCAGCCGUUUGGGCCGUAGUUCAGGUAAAUUCACCUGACCAGCAUCUCAGAGUCUUCGACUCCACUCACAGGAGGUGGCGUCAGGUGUGUUCCUCCCCAGUUGAUGAACUGCUAGCUAGCAUCAGCUGUGAAGAAGUGGGAUUUGUCAGCGUGGUGAAUUACUCAGUCACAGCCGUGUCAGAGGCCAGCGGCGAUGCUGGAGACUUCUUCUGCGUCAGACAGGAAGAGCUCAGCUAUGGCAAGAAAAUCAAAGACUCAUUGUAUCCAUGUGACUGUGAAAGCCGGGAAGUUCUCACACUGUUGUGCCAAGACUGCGGCAGACGUAGUUUUGCGGCAGACCGUAUAGUGGGUGGUGUGGACGCCAGGCACGGCAGCUGGCCUUGGCAAGUCAGUUUGCAGUACGAUGGUGUUCAUCAGUGUGGAGGAUCCAUUAUCUCAGACCGCUGGAUUGUUUCUGCAGCUCAUUGCUUCCCAGAGCGGUAUCGCUUUGUUAAUCGCUGGCGUGUGCUGUUGGGCUCCAUCUACAAUAAACCUGUCAAUGCCAACGUAGCGGAGGUUAAGACCAUUGUUUACCACAGCAGCUACCUGCCCUUUGUAGAUGCUAACAUUGACGACAACAGCAGAGACAUCGCUGUCCUGGCCCUCACUCAGCCUCUCACUUUCAAUGAAUACAUCCAGCCUGUUUGCCUACCUGCAUAUGGCCAAAGGCUGAUAGAUGGACAGAUGGGAACAGUGACAGGCUGGGGAAAUGUAGGGUACUAUGGCCAUCUAGCAGAUGUUCUACAGGAAGCCAAUGUCCCCAUCAUCAGUGACGCCGUCUGCAAUGCUCCUGACUACUACGACAACCAGAUCACUACUAGUAUGUUCUGUGCUGGCUAUGAGAAAGGAGGCACUGAUGCCUGUCAGGGAGAUAGUGGUGGACCCUUUGUGGCUGAAGACUGCUUGUCCAAGACCACUCGAUAUCGUCUGCUAGGAGUAGUGAGCUGGGGAACUGGCUGUGCCAUGUCCAAGAAACCUGGUGUCUACACAAGAGUGUCCCGAUUUCUGCCCUGGAUAUCCUCAGCCAUGAGGAACUAUCAAAACUCACCCGGUGUUCAUAAAAUGGCACGGACAUGAGAUUCCUGCUUUCAUGUUUCUGCUUUUUCCACUCUUGGAUGACAAAAUGGACAGUCCCCAUAAGUGAUACUGUGACUACAUAGGUGCUACGACAGGGGGAAACAAGGCUGUGAUGUUCCCCUCUCGUCAAGCCUUCCAUUCUCACUGAAGCAUUUUUCUGAGGAUUUUAACAACUCUCCGAGCCUUUACUGUAGAGUGAAAAGUCUGGACACACAUGAAGGUGUGACUGUGUCACACCUUCAUACCGUACAUAUUAUCAAAUGUUAACAGAGGCUUAUGUCUUUGCAGGGAUACACAGACAGAGCCCAGACAUGAGGAUCUCAAGUGAUGAGCUUACUGAUUCACUGCAGUAAUCAGAACCACUACAGUUUGUAAACUACAUUAUUUUUCUGACACCAUUUUCUUUGCAUUUCUGUGGGGAAAAAAAGUUACCAGAAGUAAACCUAUAAAUACAACAUCAGUUAAUUGCGUACUUAUAAGGUCUGUUUGAAGAAUUCAUGAUGUAAUUUCAAGCCUCAUUUUAUGAAAUUCUUCUUUAUGUGGAGAUUUUAUUUGUUCGCCCCACACAAGUCACUUUCUUCAGUGUUGGUCUUCCUGCAGCCUUCUACUCAGCAAGCCACAGUGAGUGC